AUGACUCCCAGAGAACUAACCUUAAUCGUCGCAGCAACGAGCAAAAUGGGGAUUGGACGAGGCGGUACAUUGCCCUGGACGGGACUGAAGAAAGAAAUGGCAUAUUUCGCCCGGGUUACCAAACGCGCAAGUCCUGGAAGUAGGAAUGCAGUGAUUAUGGGUCGCAAAACAUGGGAGAGCAUACCUCCAAAGUUCCGGCCAUUGAGGGACCGAAUGAACGUCGUCAUUACACGGUCCACUGGAUUGAAUGCUGAGGGCGGGUCUUUAGUUGGGUCUGUGGAAGGAGCGGUAGAAGCAGUUGCAAAGGCAGAGGCACAAAGGGCGUUCAUCAUUGGCGGAGCGCAGAUUUACAAGGCUGCACUGGAGAGGAAAGAAGCAAAGAGGAUACUUCUUACGAGGGUUCUGAGCGACUUCGAGUGCGAUACGUUCUUCCCGGUACAACUGGAUGAGACUGGGAAGACUGGGGGGUGGGAGAGGAAGAGUAAGGAGGAGCUUGAUAGAUGGACGGGAGAGCAAGUUCCGGAAGGAGUACAGGAAGAGAACGGGACAAGAUAUGUUUUUGAGAUGUGGGAGAAGACCGAUUCAUGA